CUAUAUCCCGUCACAAAAUUUAAAAUACAUUUUCUUACACAUUUUCCAAAUUUGAAUCUUUCUGGUUGUCCACUCUCUCAUUUCAGACCAUCAGUUCUUCCUCAAAAUCUUCAAGCUUUCACACAACCCAAAAAAAACGGAAUAAUAAUAAAGAAAGCUUCGAGGGAAUUGUUGUUCCAUUUUUUUCCCUUCUUCCCCCUAUUUCAUCAUCCAGCUUUAUCCCUUCUUUUUCUCAGGAAUUUUUGUAGCUUUUUAUAGAAGAAGAUGAAGAUAAUGUAGAAAAGAUCUGGGAAUUCUUGUUGGAAUUAUAGUUCAAAUAUAAGAUGCAUGGAACUCAAAGCAAAAGGGACUUGGCCUUUGAAUACCAAGCUCAAAUUCCCAUAUUGAGGCCCAGCAUUCAUGCCAGAAGGGCUAAUAUCACAGUUAAGUUUCAAGAUAUUUAUGGGUUUACAGUGGAAGGCAAUGUUGAUGAUGUAAAUGUGUUGAAUGAGGUAAGGGAGAAGGUGAGGCAACAGGGGAGGGUCUGGUGGGCAUUGGAAGCCAGCAAAGGUGCAAAUUGGUAUCUAGAGACUCAUGUUUCCUCAACUCUUAAAUCUUCGCUCAAGUUCACUGCCUUAGUGAAUCAAAUAACUCUCAAGAGGCUUAUUAGGAAAGGAAUUCCACCAAAUCUGCGGCCUAAGGUGUGGUUUGCAAUGUCAGGGGCGGCCAAGAAGAAGUCAACUGUCCCUGAGAGCUAUUACAAUGAUCUCACAACUGCUGUUGUGGAUAAGGUCACACCUGCCACGAAGCAAAUUGACCAUGACCUACCGCGAACUUUCCCUGGUCACCCAUGGCUGGAUACCCCUGAGGGUCAUGCUGCUCUUCGACGUGUUCUUGUUGGAUAUUCCUUCCGAGAUUCUGAUGUUGGUUACUGUCAGGGUUUAAAUUAUGUUGCAGCACUAUUGUUACUUGUGAUGAAGACAGAGGAAGAUGCUUUUUGGAUGCUUGCCGUUCUUUUGGAAAACGUAUUGGUCAGUGAUUGUUAUACUAACAACUUGUCUGGAUGUCAUGUUGAGCAAAGAGUAUUCAAGGAUUUGCUGGCUAAAAAAUGUCCCAGGAUAGCUGCUCAUCUAGAAGAGUUAGAGUUUGAUGUAUCUCUUGUUUGCACUGAGUGGUUUCUGUGCCUCUUCUCCAAGAGCUUGCCUUCAGAGACAACCUUGCGCGUAUGGGAUGUGCUUUUCUAUGAAGGGGCAAAGGUUCUAUUUCAUGCCGCAUUGGCUAUCUUUAAGAUGAAAGAAGAAGAGCUGCUGAUGGCAAAUCAUGUUGGGGAUGUCAUUAACAUCAUACAGAGAACAACUCAUCACCUCUUUGAUCCAGAUGAGCUACUGACGGUAACUAUUCCCUUCCAGUCUGUCAUCUUUCCUUAUGUAAAAGAAUUAGUUUAA